AUGGUCUCAUCAGAUUCUUCUUCUUUUGAAACAACACUAAGCCUCCCAAGUCUAGAUCUUUCAAAGCCAUUACAAGCUUCUUCUUUGUCUUCUCUUUCUGAAGCUUGUCAUCAAUGGGGUUUCUUCAAUAUUGUCAAUCAUGGAAUCUCAAAGGACCUUUUUGAAACUAUCCAUUCCUUUUCUAAUCAACUCUUUGAUCUCCCUAGUGAAACAAAGCUUAAACUUGGGCCUUUUUCAUCCAUCAAAACUUACACUCCUCCUUUCAUUGCUUCUCCUUACUUUGAAAGUUUUAGAGUUUCCGGCCCGAAUUUUCAUUCAUCUGCUAAAGACUCUGUCCAUGUUAUAUUCGACGAAAAGCAUCAUGAACUUAGUGAAAUAUUGGAAGAAUAUGGGGAGAAAAUGACCGAAUUGUCAAAGAAGAUAAUGAAGAUCGUGUUAAUGAUCUUAGGCGAUGGAUUUGACACAAAAUUUUACGAUUCUGAUUUCAAGAAUUGUCAUGGUUAUUUAAGAAUAAAUAGAUAUUCACCACCAACAAACUUUGAGGAGAAAGAAAGUACCAUGACCGAAGGACUAGGUAUGCAUACUGAUAUGAGUUGCAUAACAAUUGUAUAUCAAGACGAAAUAGGAGGAUUACAAGUUAGAUCGAAAUUAGAAGAAGAUCAAGGAAGUAGGUGGAUGGACAUUGUUCCAGUUGAGGGAACGUUGGUUGUAAAUAUUGGCGACUUGUUGCAAGCUUGGAGCAACGACAAGCUCAUAUCGUCUCAACAUAGAGUUGUGUUGAAGAAGCCGGUUAACCGGCUUUCUAUUGCGUUCUUUUGGUGUUUUGAAGAUGAGAAGGUGAUUGUGUCUCCUAAAGAAGUUGUGGGCAAUGACAAUGCAAGAGUUUAUGAGCCAUUUCUUUGCUUGGAUUACUUGAAAUUUAGAGAAAGUAAUGAAGAAGGGAAGUUUGAAAAAGUUGGUCAUACAGUCAAAGAUUUCGUUGCACAUAGCACCAAACUUGUCUCCAAAAGUUCUCAUCAUAAGGCAAUGGAGUGA